AUGAAAGCUUAUUACGUGGUGAUAAUUUUGAAGGUUGUUUUAUUACUUUUUUUUAGUUAUGAUUUUAUAUUUUUAAAGAAUGAAGAUAAUAUAAUUAAGGGGAAAGGAAGUUCUUUUUUAAAAAGUAGUUAUGAGCUUUUAUUUGUUCAGAAAGAUGUAUUACUACCACAUAUAAAAAAGAAUAAUCAGAUAUCUAUUUUUUUGUGUAGAUCCUGACAAUCUCAGUAUAUAAUAAAUAAGAUAAAAAAUUAUUUUGAUAUAUUAAAUAAGGGUAGAGAGACAGAAAUAUAUUUUGAAAAUAAUAAUUAUAUUGUUGAUAAUGAUCAAAAAUAUAUUUUAUUUUUAAUGAGUAUUCAACCCCCAUUAUUUUUCACAUUAAUUUGUUAUUUUAUACUUUUUAUUUUUAUAUUAAUUGCACUUAAUAUAUAUUUACCAAAACACUGUGAAUUUUUUAUUCCAUCAUUUUUAUUAAAUAACACAAAAUUUAUUGAGACAUUUGAAAAAAUGAGAAAAAAAAAAAUCAUAGUUAGUUCUAUUAUGUUUUUAGCUUACAAUAUUAUAUACUCUAUACUAUGUAAUACAAAUGAAAUUCAUGUAUAUCAAAAUAAAAAUCUAAUUUAUAAAGAUUAUUUUAAUGAGUAUUUUUUCAUUCAGACGUUAAGGACAAAUCUGAAAAAUAUUCAUAAAUAA